CGGUUCAAAUUUUUUUUUCUAAAGAGCUUAUUAUAUGAAUCGACGGUCAGCAAAGUAUCUCUUGAUUCAAAUCACUUUUAGCAUUUUUGGCGUGACCAUGCAUACCCCCCCAAAAAUUUAAAAGAACAGUAACAAGGUAAUUACUGAGUAACUGUGCAAAAAACAGAGUUUACACAACCUCGAACGUGAAAUUUAAAAUAAAGUUUACAGUAUCUCGGACAAAAAACUUUCGUUACAAAUGUCCGGCACCUACUCAGGUCCCUCCUAAUAGUCCUACAAUACAACAAGUCAUCUAUCUUAUUUUAGCGGUCCUGUAUUAUGCGUAGCAAUGAAUCCAUCUGGUGAACAAUGUUAUAGUGGUGGAUUAGACUCAAUGAUUGUUGUAUGGAACAUACCAAAUUCAGAUAUAGAUCCAUAUGAUGCAUACGAUGCAAACGUAUUAUACAAAGUAUUAGAAGGACAUACGGACGCUGUAUGGCGCUUAGCAAUUUGUGGACAAAAAUUAUUAUCCUGUUCUGCUGAUGGAACUGUCAGAUUAUGGGAUCCAAAUAUCAAUAAUUCAUUACAGUCGACAGUCAAUACUAAUCUAGAAGAAGGAAUACCUACAAGUAUCGACUGGCUUGCACAAGAGACAAAUCAUUUUGUUGUAUCUUAUGAUAGAUUGAAAUCUGUUAUCUACGAUGUUGAAACAUCAAAAGUCUUGUUACGUCUUGAAAAUGACAUUCAGUUUCCAGAUUCGACUUACCGAAUCAAUAGAGUCAUUAGUCAUCCCUCUCAGUCAUUGAUUAUAACAGCACACGAUGAUCGAAAAAUUCGAUUUUUUGAUAGUAGUACAGGAAAAAUGGUACAUUCGAUGGUCGCUCAUUUGGAUGCUGUUACUUCUUUAGCAAUCGAUCCUCAACAAACAUGUCUUUUAUCUGGAAGCCACGAUCGUUCAAUUCGUUUAUGGAAUUUGGAUAGUAAAAAUUGUAUACAAGAAGUAACCGCCCAUCAGAAAAAAGAUGAUGAAUCUGUCCAUGAUGUUGCAUUUCAUUAUUCCAAACCUUAUUUAGCCAGUGUUGGAGCGGAUUCUAUAGCAAAAAUAUAUGCAUAA